AUGCGGUGCUGCCUGCUAGCGUUGGCGCUAGUUGUGGCGGUCGCCUUUGGAUUCGAUUGUUCGCCGGACACGAUCCUCCGAAUGGCGACCGAUAAACGAGCCAAACAGAUUGAACGCGAGUGUCAUAUCCAGAAGACUGCUCAGCCAGUUUGCGAGACGAAACAGAGUUUGGAGAAGUCUUGGGACGAGUUGAUGGAAGCGCAGAGAGAAUAUUCCGAGGCUGUUGGCAAGUGCCGAGAUUUCGUGAAUAAAAAGAACGUACACAAAAGAAGUGUUGAUGGUUUUGAUGAAAAAAUCCGGGUUAAAAAGCACGAUCCGAAUGAUCCAAAUAUUGACCACACUGGACAUAACCAUCGCAUACGCCGCCAUGAUCCAAAUGAUCCAAACAUCGACCAUACAGGCCAUAACCACCGAAAAAGACACCAUGACCCGAACGAUCCAAAUGUCGAUCAUACUGGACAUAAUCAUCGCAUACGCCGUCAUGAUCCGAACGAUCCAAACAUCGACCAUACUGGUCAUAACCAUCGUAGGCGUCGUCAUGAUCCUAAUGAUCCGAAUAUUGAUCAUACCGGUCAUAACCAUCGCCGUAGACGCCAUGAACCGAACGAUCCAAACAUUGAUCACACCGGGCAUAAUCAUCGCAUGCGCCGCCAUGAUCCAAAUGAUCCGAAUAUUGAUCACACGGGUCAUAACCAUCGUCGCAGACGCCAUGAUCCAAAUGAUCCAAACAUCGACCAUACUGGACACAACCAUCGAAUGCGCAGGCAUGAUCCAAAUGAUCCGAAUAUUGAUCAUACUGGGCAUAACCAUCGCAUGAGACGACAAACAUGUUCCAUCGAGGGAACCACCAAGUUAAAUGCUUUGAACAAGGAGUACACAAAACACUGCGAAAGAGAUCAUAUCUGCCUCGCAAAUGAGGACCUUCCCGCGGGAGAACUUCGCGACAAAGUCAAUGCUCUUCAAAAGCAGCGGGCCAGAAAAUAUUCAGCUUAUCUCACCGAAUUGUUCAAAUGUUACGGUAAAUUGUAG